UAAUAACAACCCUCAUAAGAAAAGUUCUAAUUUUUGCUCCUACUUUCCCGUCCUCUUCCUUGCUCAUCACACGUCUCCGUUUGGUGCUGCUGAGAGAGGGAAAGAAACAGACGUCGGCCAUGGCGCCGCUAAGGCGGGCGGCGAGCGCGGCGGUGGUGCUGCUGGCCCUCACGGGACUUUUUCUUCUCGUGUUCUCUCCCGCGGACGCAGCAACGGCGGCGGUGGAAGGAGGAGAGCUCAGGAGGAAGCAAUCUGAUGGUGGUUACUCUUACAAUAGUACUCUUGCUCAUAUUCUUGUUGAAUAUGCAUCUGCUGUGUAUACAUCCGACCUAACCUCACUUUUGACAUGGACUUGUCCAAGGUGUGAAGGUCACACGAAGGGUUUUGAGAUGAUAGAGAUCAUUGUAGAUGUAGAGAAAUGUCUACAGGCUUUUGUUGGAGUUGCCCCUGAUCCACGAUCCAUAAUAAUUGCUUUUAGAGGCACCCAAGAACACAGUGCCUCAAAUUGGAUUGAAGAUCUCUUCUGGAAGCAGCUAGAUGUAACUUAUCCAGGCAUGCCAGAUGCAAUGGUCCACCAUGGAUUUUAUUCUGCAUAUUAUAAUACAACUCUCCGGCAUGAGAUCCUGAAAUCUGUUCAGUGGGCAUGGAAGACAUAUGGAAGACUACCCAUAAAUGUUGUAGGUCACUCUAUGGGAGGGGCUUUAGCUUCAUUUUGUGCCCUUGAUCUCUCUGUUAAAUGGGGGUCACACAAAGUUCAGCUCAUAACUUUUGGACAGCCUCGGGUAGGCAAUCCUGCUUUUGCUGAAUACUUCAACGAGCAGGUUCCAAGAACAAUCCGCGUGACCCAUGAAAAUGACAUUGUUCCACAUUUGCCACCAUACUUUUAUUACCUAGGCGAAUGGACAUAUCACCACUUUGCAAGAGAGGUUUGGCUUCGUGAGACCAUAGUAGGAAAUGUGGUUACAAGGAAUGAGACAGUCUGUGAUUGUUCAGGCGAGGACCCAACCUGCAGCAGAUCGGUCUACGGGAGAAGUGUGGCAGAUCAUCUCGAGUAUUAUGGUGUUAACCUACAUGCUGAUUCAAGGGGAACCUGUCAAUUUGUGAUUGGCACAUCCAACUCAGCCUAUGGUGACAUUCUUCAAGUUGAUGGAGCUAUCAUCUUAUCAAGAUAUCCACAGGAGCGAUAUCCUGUGGAAUCUAUCUAACCCUUUAGCUGAGGGUAAACUGUAAAAUAUAUUAUUUUGUGUUUUGUGUAAAUAUUUCAUGUAAUGUAGACACGUUGGGUGCUGUAGGAGGUCUCCUGAGGAUAAGGUUUCGCCUUUAGAAUGUGGCCGCCUUUACUCUAGUGAGAAUUGUACAUGAAGCUCAGUCGACAUUGUAAUUGAUGUGCCUGAUGAUAUCACAGGCUCAAAUAAUAAAAACAUUUGAUAGUAUCAUGGUUUUUUCACUA